UAGUUGGCAUAUGCUUUUAGCAACAAGACCGAGUCGGUAGUCCGCAAUGGAGAGUCGUUCGGACAGUAUAAAGGACCCGAUUUAUUAUCCUUCGAUGCAGGAAGUUGCAUCAACGGAAGCGUCAGGAGUGUCGACGACAGAACCGGAGGGCAGUGAAAGAAGCAGAUGCUCCGCGAGUAGCCAAGAGCUCGGCCUCGAGGAAAAUAACGCGUUAAAAGUACCACGAAAAUUUAUCGCCAACUGGCGACAGGCUUGUGAUCGUACUCGCGACAGGACCAAGGAUCUCUUGAAAAGAUGGCGAACAGUCUCGAGUAACGUAGACGAGGUGAUAGUCGGUGCGCCCGUUCCAAACAAAUUGGAACAACCUGGUUGGAGCGUACACGUUUGGACUACCUGGGUAAGCCGAUAUCCGAGCGAUGACAAUCUCGCAGCUAUAGAGGCAUCCGGAGUCGGUAAAGGAGGGAAUUUGAAAGAUCUAGCAGCAACUCAACGUGAUAAAUUCGCUCAUUUUUUCACGUACAUGUUGGACCACGACAAAGACGGUUUUAUUAGCAGAAAAGAUUUUCGUACUUUUUCGGAGCGACUGAGAAGAUUCGCGGAUUGGUCGUGGAACGGGCCCGAAUAUUUACGAUUAAUGGAAGCCGAGCAAGGUUUGGCAGAAUUGAUACUCGAAGAAAGAAAGUACGAGGACGACGAGGGGAAGAGAAUCAGUUUGGACGAUUGGUUACGUUGGUGGGCGCGAAUCGUUGCUCCAGCCGGCGGCGCGAGUUACAACGACAUUCCCUUUUGGUUGAAGAUUCUGCCGAGGAUAUUCUUUCUCGCGAUCAACAGUUCGGCGAACGGAAUCAUUUCGAAGAAAGAACUCGGCUCGUUCUAUGCGUCUGUCGUUGGCCUCGAUUUCAAAAGAAUCUCAAAGUCGUUGGACAUUGCCUAUAAUUCCAUGACGUCGAAUGGAGACUAUCCGUUAGGUUGGCCGCAGUAUCAACUCGUGUUCGCCAAUUUUCUUUUCGGCCGGGGUCCAUUCGGUCCAGGAGAACACUUUCUCGGCACGACGGACACCUGUAUAAUCCGGGGCAGUAACGUACCGUUCCCGAUUGAUUACACCGCAAUGAAUACACCGAGGGACAAAUUAGAAGUGUACAGCCCACACUGUAAAAGCGCUCGGCGCAGCGUCGUUGUUUGAAUGAGAAAGUAGCAAUUAAAUACUUUAGAGGUAUCUGUAUAAACACGUAAAACCAUUUAGUCGCUGACGUUGAUCUCUGUGCAGAUUCGCUCCAUUGUUACGCUAAAUUGAUUCUGCAUCGAAGAAUAAGGACUAGUUGUUCUAGUUGUCCUCGGUUCGGACGUUCGUCGCUUCACCUAUAUAAGUACGUUCGUCGACGCAACAAAUAAAAAAUAAAGAUUUGGAUAUCGUUUAAGGAGAGUUCCCUUCGCCGAUGCGAAUCUUGUCCCGUUUUCAUUUCCUCCGUCACGGUUGCUUCGGUGUCGGUUAUUCGGUGGGUUGCGUAUGCUGAUCAGAUUUUCGCGUGCGAUGUAGCACUUUAUUCCACGCUUCCUCGUUUCAUCAAAGAAAUGGAAGAUUUGCGUUGAUUGCGACAAUAGUAUGUGUGUGUGUGCGUGUGUGUGUCUAUUCGAUCGUUUGUACAGACCGAUGAAGAUUCGAUAAAUGCAUCGUCUGCUGCAGAGUUUCCCGUGUUAGGACUCUGAACUGUAACAUCUGGAGUUUCGAAUGUUACGUUGGGGGGACCGUUUUCGCCCAUACUCCCA